CUUCGUUGGUUGUUAUUUUGUAGGCUUAGUUACGUCUAAUGUGUAAAUGUAUAGGUAGCUUUGUUUUCUCAUUUAUUUACACAAUUUCUGUAUAAUGUACUGUUAAGAAACAUUUUGGUUGAAAAGGUUUUUGGCCUUUUCAUCAAACAGUUUUAUUUUGGAAUGAAACUAAUUAAGAAAUAUAAAACAGUGACUUAGCGACGAUGUCCAAUCCAAAAAUGGGUAAAAGUGGAGAGGAUGUUUAUGUGAUAGCAAAAUAUGAUUACCAAGCCCAGGCUAGCCAGGAACUUGACAUUCGAAAAAGUGAGAGGCUUCUUUUAUUAGAUGAUAGCAAACACUGGUGGAAAGUGUCUAAUUCAAAAAACCAAUCUGGGUUUGUUCCUUCAAACUUUGUAAAGCGUGAAAAACCUUCAAUAUUUGAUAGUUUUCGUAGAAAGGUCAAGAAACUAAACGAGUCAAAAAUGUCUCCAGCUGCUGUACCUAUUAUAAAUAGUGAUAUUGACAUCAGUACAUCUACCCCUAACAACACUUUCCUUAAGAAUAAAGCUAUGGUGACCACUACAGCAUUAGCAAAAUACAAUUAUACAGCCCAACAGUCAGAUGAAAUUUCCUUGGUGAAAGGAACACGGGUUGUUGUUAUGGAGAAAUCAAGCGAUGGGUGGUGGAAAGGUGAGUAUGAUGGUAACAUUGGAUGGUUUCCUUCCAACUAUGUUCUGGAGGAACAUGAUGAUCUGAAUGAUAUUAGUCACAAUUAUACUCCUACAAGCUCAACCACUGGAACUUUAAAAGAUUCUGAAUGUUUGGAUGUAGUCCUGGCUUUGUAUUCAUACUCUGCACAAAAUGAAGAAGAACUUUCAUUUCAUAAAGGAGACCAUCUUGAAGUAAUUGAUCGACCUGCAAAUGAUCCAGGUUGGUGGAAAGCUCGUAACCAAACAGGGGAAGCUGGAUUAGUUCCCAAGAACUACGUUAAAGUAAUUACACUGAGACAAGGUAGUGAAACUUUAGAAUCUAAGGGUUUUUCAUCUUCACUUGGUACAGCAAUUGGUGGUUCUGCAGUUGUAGAUAUAGAUUUAAGUGGUAUUCAGACUGAAAUAUCCAACAUGGAUGUAACGUCUUCAGAAGGAUCACCAAUAGUACCAGCUAAGAACAGAGGUUCUCUUCCAGUUCCUGUCUUAAGGCAAGAUCUGCUAGCUAAACCAUGGUAUGUUGGGAAUGUCACAAGAAGUCAGUGUGAUAAUAUGCUUAAUGAAUAUGGACAGGAUGGAGAUUUCUUAGUUCGAGAAAGUGAAACAAAUAUUGGAGAUUUCUCUGUGUCACUGAAAGCACCAAACAGGAACAAACACUUCAGAGUUCACGUUGAAGAAGGAAUUUACUGUAUUGGCCAACGCACUUUUAUGUCUUUGGAUGAUCUUGUUGAACAUUAUAAGAGAGCUCCUAUAUACACUAGCCCUCACGGAGAUAAAUUAUAUUUGGUCAAACCACUGGAAAAACCUUAAAAAAUAAUAUAAAAGCAUAAAUUUAUCAUCUACCUUAUCAGUGUACAUCUAUUUGGCAUGUGAUGUUAUACCACAUGUUCCAUGGGCUGCACUGUAGAUUGCCAUGUACAAGAGAAAAUUAUAGAUUACAAACUAAGUAAAACUGUUGAACUUGUUAAAUGGAAGUUAAUCAUAUAUGCUCUUCAUUCUGAAGUCUUUAUUCUUUUCAACAUCAGGUUUGAUUAAUUGCAUUAGAUAGGUAUCUGUUUCAACAAAGCUAUCUAAUGAUGUGUUUGGUUUACCAAGAAGUGAUAGUUUCCAGUAGCUUUAGUGAGAUGCUUAUAAUAUUGUGUAAGGUUGCAGCUACUUUCUCAUGUAAAUAGUAGUAACAGAACUCAAUGUAAAGUCCACACUGAAUCUUUUCUUUUAGGAAAAAAUAAAACAAGUUAAAGAAUUCAGUGUGAUGAAGCUUAUGAAUUUAGCUUUUUUGGCUAACUCAGGUGUAGAAAAAGCAUAAUUUUUUAAAAUUGAUUUUAAAGAAUUUAGAGAAUUAGUUAUAUUGGGCUUGCUUAUAAAAGCUUUUCAUGCAUUAUUGGAUUUUUAUAUAAAGUUAGCCUAUAGUGACUGGGCUAAUGGGCUUUCAUGGUUAUUUUAUUAAAACCAUCUGUUCUGGCUUGUGCUAGAGUGCUUCAUUGAUAAAAUUAGCUUAGAAACAUUAGAUUUACAUAGUUACUGUUCACUAUACAGGUUUUUACAAUACUUCCAUUAUAUCCCGAAUACUGUAAAUGUACAAGAUGAUGGUAUAGUGUAAUUAAUUAUAUAUAUAUUACAUUUUUUGUGAUUUUUUUUUGUUCCGUGUAGAUAAAUCCAAGUGAUUAUGAGAAAAGUGGACAAACAAUAGUACAUGUAUGUGUAAAUGUGUUAAGACUCCUAUCUUUUAUAGGGUCUGAUACAGGAUUUUCAUACUGAGUCCUGGAUUUCUUCCAGUUAGGGUAAUCAAACCCAUUACCUUUAAAGUGGGAAAACUCUUAUAAACAGUUUAUUGGAGACAGUAAUAGAUAUUGCUGCUUCAUCUACUUUUUAAUGUUAAUAUUAAACUUAUGUUGUAGAAAUUUCAUUAUUGUUAUUCCAUUAGAAAGUAUUAAAUAUGUAUACUGUUCGGUGAAAGAGAAUUUCCUAUUGUGAAUCAGAAUAUGUUUUGAAGUACCAUGUAUUUCUUUCUGAAUUUUGAAAUCCAUGGCUCCAUUUUUUUUAUAAUUUAAUAUUUGGAACAGAACUAGUAAACAUGCAAUAAGAUAAACUAAUAGAACAUAUUAAAAGUGUGGCAUUUAGUUUUAUUUAAAUGGCUUAUGAUGUAUUGUGAAUCAUGACAUUCUGAAUGUCGUAAGUCAUUAGAUUCAGUUUUGGCCAAACUUGUGUAUAAUUUUAUUAACGAUUGUUAUACUGAGUUCUUACAAUUUGGCAUGCAUAUAGUUUAAUUGUGUUAAUCUAAUAGAUCUGAAGAAUGUUAAAAGUUUAAAAUUCAUGGUAAAUUGCUGUGUUAUUGUGUCAUCUGGUAACUAAAAAGGGGUGAGAAUAAAGUAAUGAUAAUAUUUCUUGAUAACUUAUAUUUAAAAAUUGUAGUGUGAUGUCAUUUGUUAGAUACAGGUUUCUAUAAUUUUGUCCACCUAUACAAUCUCUGUUAAAAUUGGUAAAACAUAAUUAGCUUGAUUUCAAAUAUUAUAUUUGUCCUUGUCAUGAUGUAAACUAGUUUUUUAAAACAGAAUCAGAUUCAUCGAUUUAAAUUUCUUUUUGUAAUAUCCUACUGAAAUAUCAUAAUACAGAUUGACUCGUAGGUUUGGUUCACUUACUUGCAAUAGUCUGUAGCAGUUUCAGACAGCAAGUGUCGCUGCAUUUGAUUUUACUUACUUUAUAAAUUUUUCUUUAACUUCUCCUAAAAUGUUUUUGUUUUAUUUAAGUAAUGCAGAUUGAUCUACUGUUUGUGUGUGUGUGGUGAGUUGUGCGCAGUAAACUAAACUUGCACAAUGAAUGGUAUUGUAACAUUUUUCCUGUUAUUUUUUUCUUCAGAAAUAUUUUGAAAUGAUGAAAGGUAUUGAUCUUAGCAAAAAUAUCAUUAUAGUAUAUAAAUGUAGUAAAUAUCAAUGGGUAAUGGAAUUGUGAUUUCAUUUCAUAGAAAGUUUUUAUUUUUAUUAAAACCUGUCUCAAAGACUGUAAGACAGGCAACUGUCAAACAUAUAAAAUGCCCAUUAGGUUAAUGAUUCCUUAUAAGUAAAUAUAAGUUUUUUUCUUCUAUUUAAACACCUGAUACUAAAGAAAACAAAAUAGGCAAAAUACAUUUAUUGUGUGUGUGCACUCCAUAACAGAGAUGCUUAGUUUUUCAUGCAGGUUAAUGCAAAGUUUAAAGACAUUUAGAAGGGAUAUAGCUAUUUUAAUAGGUUAGUAAUUUAUGGCUGUUCUAGUAUCUUAAAAAUAGUCAAAUUGUGAGAUUGUCUCAAAGCUUCAAGAUAAAACAUGCAUUAGAUUUCUGCUAAUGUUAUAUUAAGUCUUUAAAGUUUGCUAGUGAAGUCUUUACUUUAUAGAUUUUACAAUGUGCAUUGAAGGUUGUGGUAAAGCCUAUAGUUGCACAGGUUCAAAUCUGUGGUACCAUUUGCUUUUCUUUGAUUAAUAUAAAAUCAGCUUACUGUUUACAUUCAUUCUUUAGAAGCAUAGUCAUGUAAAGUACCAGUAUCUUGUGUUCUGAUUUAUAAUGUAAUGAGAUGAAGUGAUUUUUGUCAUUGUUUGUAUACAGUAAUUUAUGAUGUGUGCUUUAGGUUUAAAAAAGUUUUCAUUGUAUUUGAACUUGGUGAACCAAACAAACACUGUCUGGAUCAUCUCAUCCAAAAAUAUAGCAAGCAAACAAAAUAAUUAUGGAGUCUGGAAAAUGUCCUUGUGUCAAAAUGGUGAGUUUAAAGCAUCAAUGAACAAGUAUUUUUAGUUUUUUCUUUUAAUAUCUGUUAAUUUCAAUCUAAUAGCUCUGCUAUUAUUAUUAUUAGGUUUUUGCUUAAAUGUAAGAAAACACAACAUUUAAAGUUGUGGUUCUGAUAAAAAGUUAGUACACAGGAUCACACACAAAAGGUACAAAGAAUUUCAAAAAAGAUUCAAAAUUUGAGCACUUUCAAAUAGCAGACUAUUCUUCUGAAGAACAAUAGUUUACUAUUCAAAAACGUUUUGGGUCUUUUUUAUUAUUUCUUUAAGUUGUAGUUACAACACUAAAAGUAGUCAUACUGUUAGUCUUUUUUGCAUAUUUUCUUUAUUUGAAAAAUGGAUAUCAUGCAUGUUUAACAAGCAUUUUAAGGAAAUACUAUAGUAUAAGCACUUUUCAAUAUUUCUUGUUAAAGAUGUGAAUUUAACUUAAAAGUUUCUGAGAGUCAAAAUAUUUUUGGUACUUUUCUAAGCUAAAAUCUUUCUUGUAAAAACUGGUUAAGAAAAGGUUUCGAGUAUCUUUUGAAAAGCGUUCUGUUAACAAAUAUUAUUUGGGCUUGCACUACUCAUUUUUAACAAAUUAUGUGCUAAAAUUUAAGAAUUUCUUAAAUGGGACCAGAUAAGAAUAUUUUUCAUAAAUUAAGGUAGCUUUAGCUUCAAGGUCAGUGAAAGAUAUGUUGAUUUACUGGAUUAAUCAAGUUAAAUGUAAGUUGACAUUAUAUGUAAAAAAAAAUGGAAAAAAAUAACAUUUAUGAGAAUGUAAAAUUUUAGGUAUAAAUAGCAGUACUAUAUUAUCAUUAUUUUUUUAUUUACAUGUACUAUAAUUGUUGUGAAAUGCUUGCUACUGUAAUUUUUAAAGGGACUUUGUUAAAUCCCAGAAUGAGUAAAUAAACUUCAGCAAUUGAACUGAUUAGUGAAAAGUUGUGUGUAAAGAGAAAUAUUUAAUAGCAUUUGUAGAUGUAGAAACACUUGGAUUUAUUUGGAGUACUUGUGUUUAUUAAAAGCUGUACUUUGCAGUACACAAGCAAUCGGAUCAAUGCAUUCUUUACAGCAAAGGUGCUACUUCUGUGUGAUGUGAAUGUUAAAAGGGGUGAGGAAAUGUGAUUUGUGCCUUAGAUCACCAUUGCUUAAUGUGCUUUUGUAAAUAAAUAUAUUUAAUUUGUGAUACAUAAUUACUCAAAAUUAGGUGGCUAACAACCAUUAUAACUUACUGAAAUAUUGAAAUAAUGCUAAGGUGUUCUACGUUGUAGUUUACAUGUAUAUUGUGUAUUUAAUACAAACCUUCCA